AUGUCCGAUCUCGAUCCACCCAUGCAGGGCGCCGACCCGGCCGAGCAGCACACCUACGCCCAGCCACCCCCCCAACUUCACGGCCACCUGGCCGGUGAUUAUGCCCAUCCCCAAGAACCAGCCGGACUCGAGGUGCCUUCAGUGUCCGUGCCGAUGGUGGCCGUUGACAUGGUCCCGCAGCACGUUGCCCAGAAUGAGGUUCUCGAGGAGGCACCGCUGGCUUUAGCGGGAACAAUGCCGCCGAACACCCCCGGAAUGGUGGCCACCUCGGUGAGCCCGAAGCGGAUGAGCCCGGUGAAGGGCGACGAAAUCGAGCAGUUGGCCCCAUUGAAGCCUCCGCAGGUCCCCGUGCUUCCACCAGAGAUUGCUCCGGAAGAGGAAUCCGAUGCCGACUCUGAAGUGAGUGCCACCACCGCUGAGGAAGACUGGGGAGACUACACAACUAGAUGUUGGUGCGAGAUGAGCCACAACGACGAGUACAUGAUCUCGUGCGACAAGUGCGACGUGUGGCAGCACAUGAAAUGUGUCGGCAUCCCCACCGCCAAGCCCCCGAAGAACUACCUGUGCGAGCAGUGCAACCCGCGCAAGAUGAAGCUCACCAAGGGACAGGCCAAAGACUACCAGCAGAAGAAGCUCGCCGAGCUGACGAAGGAGAAGCAGCGGAAGAAGGACCGUCGUGAGAAACGCCGGGCGGAGAAGCGGAAGGCCCGCGAGGAGGCCCGUGCCCUGAAGGCCAAGAAGAGGCGGCGCACUGAGCAGAUGCGCCCCAUCAGCACCGCCCAGUACAAGAAGUUCACCGAGAUCAAGACGAAUGAAUAUUGUAAG